AUGGCAAGACCUGGAGCUUAUGGAGCAAACCUAGCCGACCUUGCCAGCCAUAUACUUUCAAACGGCCCCCGCAAAGUAUACCCAGCGUCCCGGAGGUUGCGGGUCAUCUUCAACCGCAGAACUAUCGUGGAUACGCUUAAAGCGGUCCAUGUUUGGGAACACGAUGGUUAUCCGCAGUUCUAUGUGCCGCUGACCGAGCUCAAGAACUGCUCCCAUAGAGAUACACAGCUGAUCCGAAGCGGUGGCUUUGCGAGAGCCGCUCUUGUCGAAGUCACGGUUCACGCGAGGAGCGGGAUCAAGGAGGCCAAGACGGACCGCGUGAUUCGCUUCACCGACGACAGAAGCCUUGGUGCCCUAUGCGGACUUGUGCGACUCGAGUUCGGAUCCAUGGACCAGUGGCUUGAGGAGGAUGUGCCGGUAUAUGUUCAUCCGAAAGAUCCGUUCAAGCGUGUCGAUACCCUUCCAUCGUCCCGAUCCAUAGAGAUCAAGAUGGAGGGCAAGACCAUUGCCAAGUCGGUGUCGUCGGUUCAUUUGCACGAGACGGGACUACCGGUGCGCUACUACCUGCCUCCUGGGUCUGUGGAUCCAUCUCUGUUGAGGAAGAGUGAUCAGAUGACCCAAUGUCCCUACAAGGGGAAUGCUGAAUACUACCAUGUGGUUGUCGAUGGGAAAGAGCACAAAAACCUGGUGUGGUAUUACAGACAUCCCACUCACGAAAGCGCUGCCAUAGCUGGGCUGCUGUGCUUCUACAACGAAAAGGUUGACAUUCUGCUGGAUGGACAGCUUGUUGAUAAGCCUGGAGCCUGA